GAUGUUUGUGCUCCAGAUGUUUGUGCUCCAGAUGUUUGUGCUCCAGGUGUCUGUGCUCCAGAUGUCUGUGCUCCAGAUGUCUGUGCUCCAGAUGUUUGUGCUCCAGAUGUUUGUGCUCCUGGUGAACAGGCUCACAGUUUCCUCCUUGAAAUAAGUGUUUAUAUUGUUGUUAUAUUGUUGACCCACUAUUGAUCAUGUGACUCAUCACAUGACCAAUGGUGAGCGUCUCUUUCCUCUCAGGUUUAAAUAUCUGGGACUCUCCACCGUUUGGUUUUAGAACUGAAGAAGCUUCUUGGAUGAAACGUCUUCCAGAAACUUAAAGACGUCUCUUUUCUCUCCAAGCUCCUUAGAUCACAUGACCUGGAUGACUGAACCUACAGACAUAUUGAUCUGGUUUCUAGGUCACAUGACAGACUGACUGAAGAUGAUGAUGGAGGAAGAGGAGGACAGAUCAGAGUCUGCAGGGUCCAGCUGUCCGUCUGUGAGGAGUGACCGGUCCAAAGGUCAUAAUCCAGGCUUCAGUGGUGAACCUGGACCAACGAGAGGUCAGAGGUCACAGUCUGCAGGGUCCAGCUGUCCGUCUGUGAGGAGUGACCGGUCCAAAGAUGAACCUCCAGGCUUCAGUGGUGAACCUGGAGCAACGAGAGUGGACCAGCAGAGCUCAGAGGUUCCCAGUGGUCAGUCUGCCCAGCAGCAUCAAACACAGCUGGACUCCAUAUUUAUGCUGCUGGAGGACAACAUCAUCACUUUUGUGAAGAACGAGCUGAAGAAGAUCCAGAAGGCUCUGAAUCCAAAUAAGCCCCAGUGCUUGGAGUUUCAGAGGGAGGAUGAUGAGCAGAGGAGCAGCAGAGAGGCAUUUGUGAAGAUCACAGUGGACUUCCUGAGGAGAAUGAAGCAGGAGGAGCUGGCUGAGCGUCUGCAGAGACAACUUCCAGCUGAAGUUUGUCAUCGUAAACUCAAGUCUAAGCUGAAGAAGAAGUUCCAGUGUGUGUUUGAGGGCAUCGCUAAAGCAGGAAGCCCAACCCUUCUGAAUCAGAUCUACACAGAGCUCUACAUCACAGAGGGAGGGACUGCAGAGGUCAAUGAUGAACAUGAGGUCAGACAGAUUGAAACAGCAUCCAGGAAACCAGACAGACCAGAAACAACCAUCAGACAAGAAGACAUCUUUAAAGCCUCACCUGGAAGAGACCAACCAAUCAGAACAGUGCUGACAAAGGGAGUGGCUGGCAUUGGGAAAACAGUCUUAACACAGAAAUACAGCCUGGACUGGGCUGAAGACAAAGCCAACCAGGACAUCCAGUUCAUAUUUCCAUUCACUUUCAGAGAGCUGAAUGUGCUGAAAGAGGAAAAGUUCAGCUUGGUGGGACUUGUUCAUCGCUUCUUUACUGAAACCAAAGAAGCAGGAAUCUGCAGCUUUGAAGACUUCCAGGUUGUCUUCAUCUUUGAUGGUCUGGAUGAGUGUCGACUUCCUCUGGACUUCCACAAAACUACAAUCCUAACUGACCCUAGAAAGUCCACCUCAGUGGAUGUGCUGCUGAUAAACCUCAUCAGGGGGAAACUGCUUCCCUCUGCUCGCCUCUGGAUAACCACACGACCUGCAGCAGCCAAUCAGAUCCCUCCUGACUGUGUUGGCAUGGUGACAGAGGUCAGAGGGUUCACUGACCCACAGAAGGAGGAGUACUUCAGGAAGAGAUUCAGAGAUGAGGAGCAGGCCAGCAGGAUCAUCUCCCACAUCAAGAAAGCUCGAAGCCUCCACAUCAUGUGCCACAUCCCAGUCUUCUGCUGGAUCACUGCUACAGUUCUGGAGGAUGUGCUGGAAACCAGAGAGGGAGGACAGCUGCCCCAGACCCUGACUGAGAUGUACAUCCACUUCCUGGUGGUUCAGGCCAAAGUGAAGAAGGUCAAGUAUGAUGGAGGAGCUGAGACGGAUCCACACUGGAGUCCAGAGAGCAGGAAGAUGAUUGGGUCACUGGGAAAACUGGCUUUUGAUCAGCUGCAGAAAGGAAACCUGAUCUUCUAUGAAUCAGACCUGACAGAGUGUGGCAUCGAUAUCAGAGCAGCCUCAGUGUACUCAGGAGUGUUCACACAGAUCUUUAAAGAGGAGAGAGGACUGUACCAGGACAAGGUGUUCUGCUUUGUUCAUCUCAGUGUUCAGGAGUUUCUGGCUGCUCUUCAUGUCCAUCUGACCUUCAUCAACUCUGGACUCAAUCUGCUGGAAGAACAACAACAAACCUCCCAGAAGUCUGAAACAGGAGAAUCUGCAGAGAAACACUUCUACCAGAGUGCUGUGAACAAGGCCUUACAGAGUCCAAAUGGACACCUGGACUUGUUCCUCCGCUUCCUCCUGGGUCUUUCACUGCAGACCAAUCAGACUCUCCUACGAGCCCUGAUGUCACAGACAGGAAGUAUCUCAGGAAUCACUCUAGCAACAGUCCAGUACAUCAAGGAGAAGCUCCGUAAGAAUCUGUCUGCAGAGAAAAGCAUCAAUCUGAUCCACUGUCUGAAUGAACUGAAUGAUCGUUCUCUAGUGGAGGAGAUCCAACAGCACAGGACUUCAGGAAGUCUCUCCACAGGUAAACUGUCUCCUGCUCAGUGCUCAGCUCUGACCUUCAUCUUACUGUCAUCAGAAGAAGAUCUGGAUGUGUUUGACUUCAAGAAAUACUCUGCUUCAGAGGAGGCUCUUCUGAGAAUGCUGCCAGUGGUCAAAGCCUCCAACAAAGCUCUACUGAGCAGCUGUAACAUCUCAGAGGAAGGCUGUGAAGUAUUAUUGUCAGCCGUCAGCUCCCAGUCCUGUAGUCUGAGAGAGCUGGACCUGAGUACCAACAGCCUGAAGGCUUCAGCAGUAAAGCUUCUGUCUGCUGCAGUGGAGAGUCCACACGCCAAACUGAAUGUUCUGAGACUUAACAUCUGUGAACUCUCAGAGGGAAACUGUGAAGCUCUGUCCUCAGUUCUCAGCUCACAGUCCUCUAGUCUGACAGAGCUGGACCUGAGUAUCAGAAAGCUGCAGGAUUCAGGAGUGAAGCUUCUGUCUGCUGGACUACAACGUUUAAACUGUAAACUGAAUAAUCUGAGACUGAGUGGCUGUAACCUGUCAGAGAGAAGAUGUGAAGCUCUGUGCUCAGUCCUCAGCUCCCAGUCCUCCAGUCUGAGAGAGCUGGACCUGAGUAACUCUGACCUGCAGGAUUCAGGAGUGAAGCUUCUGUCCUCUGGACUAAAGAGUUCACAGUGUGCAGUGGAAACUCUCAGUCUGUCAGGCUGUCUGAUCACAGAGGAAGGCUGUACUUCUCUGGCCUCAGCUCUGAGCUCCAACCCCUCCCAUCUGAGAGAGCUGGACCUGAGCUACAAUCAUCCAGGAGACUCAGGAAUGAAGCUGCUGUCAGCUGGACUGAAGGAUCCAGGCUGGAGGCUGGACACUCUCAGGGCGGAGCCUGCUGGAGUCCGAUGGUUGAGACCAGGUCUGAGGAAGUAUUCCUGUCAACUCACAAUCGACACAAACACAGUGAACACAGAGCUCCAACUGUCUGACAACAACAGGAAGGUGACACAUGUGUGGGAGGUUCAGUCAUAUCCUGAUCAUCCAGACAGAUUUGAUGGUCGUCAACAGCUGCUGUGUAGAGAUGGUCUGACUGGUCGCUGUUACUGGGAGGUCGAGUGGAGAGGAAACGUUUAUAUAUCAGUGAGUUACAGAAGCAUCAGAAGGAAAGGAGGCAGAGACUGUGUGUUUGGAUGGAAUGAUCAGUCCUGGAGUCUGUACUGUGAUUAUAAUGGUCCUCAUUCUGUCCAUCACAAUAACAGAGUAACAUGCAUCUCCUCCUCCUCCUCCUCCUCCUCCUCUGUCUCUAACAGAGCAGCAGUGUAUGUGGACUGUCCUGCUGGCACUCUGUCCUUCUACAGAGUCUCCUCUGACACUCUGAUCCACCUCCACACCUUCAACACCACAUUCACUCAAACUCUUUAUCCUGGGUUUAGGGUCUUGUCUCGUGGUUCCUCAGUGUCCCUGUGCUGAGUGUAAAGAGUGUCUCCUGUUAGAGAAAGUUCAGUCUGUACAUGUCUGUCUCUUUCACUCACAAACACGUUUUCACAUUCAUGGAUUCAAUCAGUUGAUGUUUGAAACUCUUCUAAAUGAUUCCUUGUAAACUUCUUCCUCUUCAGUCACAAACAAACAGGAAGUGAUGUCACAUGUGUUCCUGUCCACACAGCAGAAUGAGUCUAUUGCUGACAGUGAUGUACAAACAGAGUGAGCAUUUCUGAGGCCAAAAUAAACUGAGUAGUUCACUGAAUGAACACUGUGAGCUCAGUUCCUUCAUCAUUAGUAUGGAUUAUAUAUGUAUAUGUAUUAUAUUAGUAUCAUAUAUAUCAGGUGCUGCUGGUUUCAGUCAUUGUGCAAAUGUGCUGUUUGUAAGGUUGUAAAGCUGCAGUCAGCUGAGACUGAAGAAGUCACCUGAUCAGUGAGCAAAGGUGAAAACGUCCAGAUGAACAGAAUCAAGCUUUUGGGAUCAGCCAGCAAUGCAGCAUCAUUGUUGUUCAGGUUCAGAGGUUUGCAGGAAUGAACUGAUGACCAGAAACAGCUGCAGAGUCCAAUAAAAUACCAGCUGGAGUUCAGCUGCAUUUGAAGAAGUCAAAGAAAAGUAAGGAUGGCAAAGGGCCAUGUUUUCUUAUUUAUGUUCCCCAUGGUUCACCAGCUCUCACACAACAUCAGCACCAAUGAUCCACGUCCUUAUAAACCUCUGAAUCAGGUCCUGAAGCUGUGACGUCCUGAGUGAAGACCUCACUGAUCACAUGACUCUGGUCACCUGGACUCAGUGUUUCUGAAGCAGUGUGCUGGGUUUUUACAAAUACGUGGCUGCUGCCUGAUGUUGGGCCCACAGAGGAAGACGACUCACUCACUCUUCUUCACUUCCUCCUUAAACAUGUGGAAGGAGAGCAAAGUGCUGCCAGACUCUUAUUUCUGACAGGAACAGAAGAAACCACAGCAAACUGGUCCAGUUCUUCAUCUUCAUCACAAUCUAUUUAUUUCUGAUGGUGUCUUCAGUCUGAGGGUUUGAAGUUUCCAUGUCUGUGUGAUGUGUGGUGUGAAGGCUGCUGGUUAAACUGGGACUGAGUGCUCAUAGAGAGAUGCUCCAUGAGUCCCAGUACAGACUACAAACAUGGUGGAAACUUAGCUUUGAUAUCCACACACUCUGCACGUCUGUGAGUAACUGUGAUGAAGAUGUGCAGAGAUCUGUGUCCAAACAGGAGGAAGACUGUAAAGACUCUGUGCUUCUAACAGCCUCUGUUAACAUAUGUGAGGCUGUUUGUUGUUGUUGCCAUGGAGCUUUUCACUGUUUGGGUCAGCAGGUCAUGUGAUCAGGUUUGUUCUGCUGGACGAUGGUUCAGUGUCAGGGUUUGUUUGCAUUCAUCAAUAAAUAUCUAAAUAAAUCAAAGA